GUUUUAUUCUUGGCUUUUGGUGCGAUAUGUAGAUGAGCGAAGCCAUCCCUCCAUCCAAAGGAGACAGAGAUCGACAAGCUCCCCACCUAACAAGAGCUCAUUUAUUCCUCCUGAAAUUUCCUCAAAUUUUAAACAUUUCCACCCAGCUCACAUUUAGAAAAAUAGAGCAGAACGUCGCCAAAGUGAAGAAAGCUGGGCGUCAUUUGAAAAUUGUGAAGAAGCCUGAAACGCAGGAUUCGAUCGACGAGGGAAAGAUUUGUUUUCUCCAAAACUGACCCUUCACGUCAAAAGUUUUAGAACGAAUCGUUGAGACAAGGUUCGAGGGUACUUCCGAGCAGUACGAGACGUUGCCCUUUGACGGCAUGGAGGUCAACCAGAAAAUGUGCAGAGGACAGCAAGUGCUCGUCCCCACAACGCCUCAAGAGAACGGACGACUUCCUCCACACUCCGUCCAAGCACAGCCAACACCACGUGACGAUAACCACGUGCAGUCCCCUUCACCCAACUGCAGGCCAUCAAAAGCCAAGAAAUCAGCCCCAGUCCGCAAGAAGAAAAUCUUCCCAUGCAAAACAUGCCUUCGUCCCUUCACUAACGCAACCAGUGCUCACCUACACGCCCGCACCCACCUCAACGUGGCCGAGUUGGAGAAGGCUUCAAUUUUCCACGAGAAAUGUCUCCACUGCGAAAAAGUGUUCUUCAAUCGUCGCGACUUUGACGACCACGUGGCAGCGCACGAAGGUCGCAAAAACCACGCCUGCCCCGUCUGCAAGCAGAAGUUCACCACGAAACCAUCUUUCACCCGGCAUCUCUUCGUCCACCUGAGCGGCGAGGAGCGCGCGGAAGUGCGGCAAGGGUGGCGACACGACUGCUACUUUUGCCAAAAACGAUUCCAAGAUCCAUCUCAUCUCGGUCGUCAUCUGGUGACCCACACGAAGGAAAAGUUGGGCGGGAGGUGUCACCUUUGUCCAAAAACGUUCUCCUCCAAACACGCCCUGAACAGUCAUCGUUUCCUCCACCUCAACGACGACGAGAAAAUUGCACUCGUGCAGCAGCGUGUAAGUCGAGUGUGCUUAUUCUGCCGCAAGAUUUUCUCCAACAACCGCACUUAUCAAGCUCACCUCGUCUCCCACACGAAGGAGAAACCCUUUCCCUGCGACCAGUGCGGGGAGCAGUUCAGUUUGAAAGGUAAUUUAACCAAGCACGCGCGCAUUCACAGCGCGGAUCCGCGACCAUUCCAGUGCACCGAAUGCGAUCAAGCCUUCACUCAAAAAGUACAUCUCGUCGGGCACAAGAAGACCGUUCACCGGAAGAUGAAGGACGUCACGUGCCUCCAUUGCCCCCAGAAGUUCGGCACCAAGAGUCACAUGAUGCGGCAUAUGAGCAGCGUUCAUGCCAAAACCCGACACCCUUGCCCCCACUGUGACCAGACAUUUUCGAGGAAAGACCAUCUAGGGACGCAUUUGAAGAAGGUCCAUCCUCCAGAAUGAAGUCCUUCGUCCCCCAACUGAAAUCUCGUCAAAUUGCGACGUUUCCCAUACUUUUUUCAGUUUUUUUAAAAUUACUUUUCUCGGUUUCACUAUUUAUUGACACUUAUUGAUAACUAUUCUCGUACGACUCAUGAAAAUGGCAUAAUUGAAGUAUUAAUUUAUAAACAUGACACAAUUGUUGUUACCGUUUUGACCAUGUCGAUUUUGAAGUAGUCAUUCUGUUUUAUGUAAAAGUCUGCUCCCUGCUCGCUCCCAUUUUUCCAUGCGCCGACACAAAUGCAAGGCUGGAACAGUGACGACGACAUAUUUCAUCGUGACGAGAAGAAAGGUCACUUUGUGCAUCACACUAAAAUCGUGCAGGGCUCGCAUUGUGAUUUGGAUUCGGACCAAAGUGAAGAGAUAAUUCUGCAGGAAAUCUCAGUUUGCAUACUAAUUUUGAUCCGCAGACAUCAAUAAGUGAUGAAUUGUCGUUCACUUUCUUAUCGGGAGCGUUCCAUCUACAAAUGUAUAUCUUAUCCGCAGCCAGCCGCAUAAGUGAACGAGAUGGAUGUUGCAUGCAUAUUUCUUCCAGUAAUAGUGACAUAAAUACAUACAUAAAUGCAUAUGAAAUCAAGCAUUGAGCAUAAGGAUGAAAGGUUUACAACAAAUAUACUAAAUUUCCGAGAUUCCGCAUGCAUUUUCCGUGCAGGAGUGGUCAAUUUACGUGCCCCAAGUAAUCUAAUGAUUGACCAAGGUGCUCAUUUCCAUUUAAUUAAAAUGUAUGCGUAUAAUAACAUUGUAUGUACAAGAAAAGUUAAGAAAUCCAGACUCGGUCGUAGGUAUGCA